AGCAUGUCCCAGCGUCAGUGCGAUAUGAUGUCGAUGUGGCUGGGAAGUGAGUGAAGGGUGCUAGGAUGGUCCAUGCUAGAAAUAGCAGCACGACGCCCGCUAGCAGUAGCAGUAGCAGUAGUAGUAGUAGCAGUAGCAGCAAGCACCAACAGCCGCUCGGCAAGGCGACUGUGGACUCAAGCAGUGGAAAUGCCAAUGCCAAUGCCCAAACCACCACCACCACCACCACCAACCAACAUGAAUCAAUCUCUCACACUGUCCGUCUCAUCAACCGCCAGUCCAGUACGUACUGCGUCUGCUCAUGAUGGUCGUAUACUCGAAUAGCCCAGCGCUUCAGGAUGGAUGAAGAUGAAUAUGGGCUUGGGCUGCUGCGCCUGGGGACAUGCGACAUGACAUCUGAUGGAUUCAUCAAUUAGUACUAAUUAAUGAUUGAUUCUCGAAUCUUGGAUCAGCAAACGGGGGCCAGACAGGGUGCACGUUGCUUUUUGUUUGUUUCUGACGGCUCUGGCCAUGCAUGAUAGAUAGAUAUAAAGGUCUGGC